CGCUUUAAUUCUUCAGAGCUGUCACUACUCGUUUGGCUUUUUUUGGCUGUGUUUAUUAGUAUCUUUAUUCUUCGCAGUCCCUAGUCGCGCCGCUUAAUUGAUUUUGUUUUGAUUUUAAUAAAUAUGUCGUCGGCAGCUCCUCAACCAAUUUCGGAUGCCCCCCAACCCGAAGAAGUUCCUUGGUGGUUGAAAUAUGCCGGAAGAGGAAUGGGCACUUUUGGUGGAGUUGUGGCCAUGGCUUUGGGAUUGUGGACCUGCAUAUCUUUCUCACCCAUAUGUAUAGUUGCUGGCAUAUGGCAAAUAUUGGCGGGAUUCAUGGUAGUUUUAGCAGAAGCACCCUGUUGCUGCAUGUUUCUGGAUUUUGUGCAAACAUUUACAAACUUUAUUGAUAGAAGGCCAGUUUGGCACAAGGCUGCAUUUUACAUUUUAAUAUCAUUGCCUGCCAUGUUUCUUUGUGCUGGCUUAUCAACAUUCCUAGGCAGUGCUAUGCUGUUUGCAACUGGUGUUGUUUAUGGUCUCAUGGCCCUUGGGAAAAAAGCAAGUCGAGGUGAAAUGCUAAACCGAGCCCAAACUGAUUUUUUGGCGACCAAUCUGGUAAAGAACAUGGAAGUACCUAUUCCAAAUCAGUCUGUUCCUUAAAAAGGGCAGUACUUUAACGAUUUUUAUUUAACGUGAUGAAAGAAAACUGACGUUCUGACUCUGAUUGUAAAUUAGCGCGCUUAGUUAACCCUUUAUCAGUGUACUCCACGAAAGUGUCGAAGCUUGGAAUCACCUGUUUGUCAGGUUAGGCUGGGAUACUAGCAUUCCGAUGUCUGUUUGGUGUGAAUACAAUUCUGUGCAAAA